AUGUUCGAUUCAAGGCGGAUACCCUGCGAUCUCUUGGGUCAAAAUGACAUCUCUAACGCCGUCUGGUUCGAGGACGCUAUCAGAUCCUACGGGGUCCCCACUGUCCUUUUCGAUCUGCACCUGGUGGUACCAGACAUAGACGAGGCCGCAGCAGUCUUGCGGGCCAACGACUGGACCCCGGAGCCGCCAAGCAUGUACUCUUUUCUCGCUCGCACGCCAGCCUCGAUGUUCCACCGGCUGCUAGCACCUGCUACUGGGGAAGAGUACGAUCCUGACGCGUGGCCACCCGUACCGCCUGGCGAGGAGCCUCCCAUUGCGCGAGUCGCCGCUGUUCUUUUCCCAGCUGCUCGCUGGGGUGUGGCGGCAGAGACGCUCGAGCAGGCCGUGGAGAACGACUUCGUGCCUCAUCUGCCUGCGUUGACAAACGCUCUCAUCGGCAGUUAUCUUGAUUGCCCCGAAGAUCCUAAUGGUGGGAAAGUGCAAUCGUACCUUUCCUGUCAGCUUGGCUACCUGUACGACUACGUGCCACAGCUCAAAGAGAAGACCUUUACAGAAGAACUGGCCUUUGAACACCGUCAGUUCCACCUCGACUGUCUGUCCAAGAUGAGGCUGUGGACUAUCCCGUUCGUCACCCAUGAGCGACGGAUAAGAAAAGCCAUCAGGGAAGGGGGUUAUGAGCUCCGGGAAUGCUCGGCCGAUACUGAGGAAACACGGUACCUCUUCGAGGAUCCUCUUGCUCAGCUACAUAUGGAGAGAAUGGCUCAUUCGAGCGAUUCUUGGGCAAUGGGAGAAUGA